CAGCUAUCAAAGCAUCAUACGACGUCAGAGACAGAUGGCGUCGAUAAUGAUGCUCCUUAGAGCAUUGAUGAGUUGCCGCCUUAUCCCCAAAGAGGAGCCGACGGCGGCUGCGUCUUUGUCAGCGGUGAAACCUUACAGAAGUAGGGCCAGAAACGAGGCGAGGAAGAGUGUUUCGGGGAUUGAUUUAUCGCUUCCUGGCGAUCAUCACGAGUUUAUCAUCGAAACUACGUCUGGGGUCAACGAUAUGGAUGAAGGAUUUUACUGGAAUAUCGUCAAGAGCAACUUGUUGAUGUAAGUUUGUAAAGCGUAUAUGUAUAAAUAAUGUGAACCUGGCAUAAUAUAAUGUUUUGUAUAUCGUUACUUAUCACUGGUUCGACCAUGCCUAUUUAGCAUGAGUUAUAUGAGCAUUUUGGACUACCAAAUUGUAGAAGUGCUUACAUAUGUUGCGUGUUUUUUUUUCAUAUCAAGAAUAAAUCAUGUGUUGUGACAAUUUGAACCAAGUUGGGUUAUGACAAGCUCAAUUUUAUGAAAGUUGACAUAAAAUAGAUGUUGGUUUUGAUUGUCUAUAUAUGUGAUGCAUGCCAGGAUGUGAUUGUGUAAGCA